AUGUUUCAAGAUUUUAAAAAGUCGUACUAUGGCGCUAGUGAAAAAGAAACCACAGUUCAAGAUAUUACUAUUAAGGCCGAAUUCGGUGCCAAUGUUCCGGCUAAUGCACGUACUAUAGCAUAUACCUUACAGAUUUCAGACCGGAUGUUUAACCUUCAGUCGGAUGAACAAAGAUUUGAGGUCGUGUAUUUAUUGCUAAAAGUGUUCCAAGGAACUAUAAUAGCGUGUGGUACCACUGACGAGCGCUUUUUUGUGGUAUCACUAACGGUAAAAGCUACAGAAGUGGAAAUUAGAUGUGGUUUGGAAAGUGGUAUCGAAAUUGAUACCGAAAAUUUGGGGCCGAAAUACCAGACAAGCAUACAAAGCACGUUAAGGACGACAAAGGUUAUAACUGACUUCCGAGCAUCACGAUACAGCGAACUGUGUCUAAGAGCAGUCGGCGGUAAAAUAUACCUUGAAUCAAAUAAAACCAAGAGAGAAGUCUUGUUUGAAGAUUCGUAUAUUUCUUUUGGUCCGAAAAAACAUGUCGCUGAUACAGAAAAAUUCGAACUACAAGAAGACAUCAAAAUCCUCGGCCGAAUCAUCGACGAUAAACAGACACGAACUCCUACAUCUAAAUACGAGCAUUUUUGA